AUGGUUCUGUUUUUGGAGUCGUCGGUCAUGGGUGUUGAGGUCUGGGAGGAGAGAGCUGAAGGGGAGGAGGGCAGGAGUGGUAGGGAACCAGACAACCAGAAGCAGGGUGGUGGUGGGGUUAUUAGCUCUUGUGUUAAGCAGUGGGGGACUAAGAUAUGGCUUUUUUAACACAACAUUUACCAGGGGCUCCACCCACUCCCCUUACCGCCUGCUGAAAUAAUUUCAGACAAUAUGCGGCUAAGGUGUGGUUAAGUAAAGGUGUGUGUUGAAAAUGAAUGAAAAGGGGUGUGGGCUAUUGGGCUAUGUUGCGUUCUCUCUCAGUAGGGCUCUAUGGUUGUGUUGAUUUAGGCAAAAGAAAACUUGCCAACCAUUCUAGGGGGUGCGUUCAAUGUUGCAAAGAUAUCAUAUAAUAAGGUGGGAUGUAAAUGCGGAAGAGAGAGAGGAGGAGAGAAGAGAAAGAGGAGAGGGUUGGUCUGGAGGGUUGUGCAUGUCCAACUAAUCUGAUGCCUUCCAACCCACUCACCGCAGUUCUUUUUUCCUCAUCCCAUGGAUCAUCAUUGGCUGAUCCUCCAUCACUCCUCUGACCACUAUGUUUUAUCCCUCUGAAGAAAAAGAAAAUGCGGUCAACGGGCCGUUGUUUUUAAAACUCAACGAGCAGGGGCCCUGUUGGACAAAUUGAAAAAUAAAUGGUGGUACGAACAAGGGAGCGUGUGGCAGCGGGGGGGAGGGGACUCAAAGGUGAGCCUCUCUGUCUCCAAACGCGGUUUCAACCGUGUUACGGGGAGGGAAGGUAGAUGCGUGCACUGCCCCAGCAACACAGAUCAUGAUGAACAUGACACAUCAUGCCAAUUCGACUCCCCUCGGUUCUGAAACGAGGAGGAAUGAAGGAAGGAGGGGAGGAAGGGGAGUGAUGGAGAGAGAGAAGGAGAGCAAUUACGUCAAAGCAGAAAUAGUGGCCCUCUAGUGGAUGCUCUGGAGAGAGGAGUGUGGAAAGAAGGCUGUCAGAACAUAGAGCAGGGUUCCCCAAACUGGCCAGGCGGGUGGGUUUAUUGGCACCCCCAAGUUUUUCUGAGCAAAAAAAAUAUAUUUUGUUUUAUAUAAAAAAAAAAAAUUGAAUUAUCAUUGUAGGACAUAAAAGACUGUAAAAACCCCAGGAAAUCAGCUCAAGUGAUUUAAUUUUGGAAAUUGUUCCCAAGUAUUCCCACGCAAAUAGAGAGACGUAUGUCAUCGUAUAAAUAAUAAUUCAUUCAGAAUAAUUGAUUGGCUUUAUAUAGCACUUUCUACCAACUGAGGUUACUCAAAAGCGCUUGACAUAGUAGGGGGAAGGAGGAAACCACCUCAUCCACCACAAUGUUGUUAGCACCCACUUCAGUGAUGCACAGCAACCAUUUUGUGCCAGAACGCUCACCACACAUAAAACUAUCAAGGUGGAGAGGUGAGGAGGGAUAUAUGUCAAUUCGGAAGGAGGGGUAGGAUUAGGUGGCCACGAUGGAAUGGGGGCCAGGUUGGGAAUUUAGCCAUGGACACCGGGGUGAACAACCUAUCUUACAAUAAGUGCCAUGGGAUUUGUGAAUAAUAUGCCAAAAGAGACCCACAAGACACCCGUGUUAACGGUCCCAUCCAAAAGACGGCACCCUACACAGGCAAUGUUCCCAAUUGUAAUCGAGGUUUGAAAUUAUUAUGGUUUAGUCAAAUAUUAGAUCUGUUUAGGCUUCUUGUGGUCACAUUUGCAGUAUAAAAAUAAUAUGUGUUUAUGUUCCGGCCCAGCCAACCAUCUGCUCAAAGAAAGAUGGCCCGGGCUGAAUCUAGUUGAUGAUUCCCUGACGGUAGAGGGAGAGAGAAGAUGAUAGAGAGGAGGACGAAGGCAUGAAAUAGAAGAGAUGAUGUACUUAUGUUUUCGGCCUUUUAGAUUCCCUCUUCAGAUCUCGUACCCAGAGCCGUGUUAAUGACGUGCAGUAAAUUGUCCAAUGCAAGUCCCCCUUUCUCCCAGUGUGAGCAGGGCCCCUGCCAAUAGUCAUGCGGUUCACAGUAGCCUCUGUUGUGAGCCACGGCUGGGGGCAGUCAGUAUGGGAACGUACCUGAAGUGAUGCAGUGGGGGUCCCACUCAUAUGCUGUAGCGCGGCUUCCCUUCAACCCCCUCAGCCCCAAACGAGCAUACACCCAUGUACUCCAGUGGGACCAGCGGGGCACUUUUACCAGCAGUACCAUUGAUGUGACAGUUCUGACUGUAUGGACCUAAAACAAAAAUAACAUGGACCUAUGAUGUUAUUUAUGUUAUUUUACCGCCAAGAACCCCUGGUAAACCUUGCGGUUUUGAAAUGAGUGAAGCAGGCGUCUUUAGACAACUGAAAAAACAAAAUGGUGGUACGAUAAGGGCGAGCAGUGUGUGGACCCCAAGGACUCGGGCAGUAAAGGUCAGUGUCGCGGCCAGAGUGGGGGGGGACCAAAAAACACCCUCCAUGUGUGACAGACAGCACGCUCUAGAUUAGCAUGGAGACUAGAAUUUAGGCAUUAGGAUGAGCUAAGUUAUUUUUCCCCCACCACAGUUAUAUUUUAUAUAAUAUAAUAAUAUUAUUAUAUUGAUUGAUUACUGUUGAAUACCUUUCUAGUUUAAUCACUGUUAGUAUUCUGCUCUAUGCAACAGUCUGCCUGAUGUAAUGUGAUUUCGAAGGGGACGGAAAAAAAUAUAUAAUAUAAAAUAGAUAUAAAAUGUAUACUUUGUAAUUUAUGGAAAAUGGAAUAUGGGCAUUCAUUUAAUAAUGGCCUAGUUCAGAAUUUACCAUCGCAGUUUACUAGUCUCUGUGUUACUCUGUGUAGAAGAAAAGCAAAGAGUCUUAUGAAGUCAUGAGUCGUGAUAAAAGACAAGAGAUCUGUACAACAGCUAAGUGUCCUUAGUAGAAACAUCAGCUGUCUUUAGAGAACAGAGAGAGAUUCUUCGAACUCAGAGAACUCCGAAGAAUGCAGUGAGUUAUUUAAACUACCGGGGACCUUCACCAGAGUGUCUGAAUAGAAUCUUUCAUCACUCAUCCAAAAGCUGCUUGACUAAUCCGAUGACGGCAUAUAUUGAAUUGGUCUGUGUUUACUAGUCAUCCUCCGACUCAAUACGUAAUACUGGUUAUGUAGCAAUAUUAAUAAUGUUUAUUUACUUUUAAAUUGAAGUCAUGCAUUAGUAGUAGAGAUGUCGUUCGAUUUGUGAGUAUGUAGUUAGUACUGUCAUAGUAGUAAUAAUGUUGUAGUAUAGGCAUCGUAGAUAAUAAGCUUUAAUGAUGGUAGUAGUAGAAAUGAGUACCUAGUAGACUAGUCCAUAGUAGUGGUAGAUGCUGUUGUUGUUCGUAGACGUAGACGUUUUUCUGCUAACAAAUAAAUAAUAAGCUGCCCUGGUCUGGUGUCAUCAUCGCUUCAUGUCUCUCUCUCUCUCUAACCAUGUUGCUGUCCGUCCCCCCUCCCAGGACAAGUCAUCACAGGCCUGAGCCUGGAGCAACGUGGCCGGGGUUUCUACAUCCUGGUGGGGGGGUCUGGGCACUGGCCAUGCUGGUGGCCGGUCGAGUUCUGCUACAAGUCGCGCGCCGAGGCCCAAGCGACAUGA